UGUGUUUGCCCCGCCUUCUCAAGGGUCAACAAUGGCAGCCGAGGGAGAUUUUCUGAUGCGCUACCGGGCAGUGUCAAAUAAACUGAAAAAACGUUUUCUACGGAAGCCUAAUGUUGCUGAAGCAAGUGAACAGUUUGGUCAGCUGGCCAAAGAGCUGAAACAGCAGGACUGUCCUCAGUAUGCUGCCUUCUGUAAUCUCGCCAUGGCCCGCUGUGAGCAGACUCUGUUCAAUGCUCCAGGAGAAGCCCUGGCUCUGACUGAUGCAGCCCGACUCUUUCUGGCCUCGGAACAGGAAACUAAAGCGCUGAUGGCUCCUGGUUUCGAUGAGAAUAUGCAGGCAGCAAUGAACUGCUAUAGUUUUGCCAUUAAGGUCUAUAUUGAGAUGAAUCAGCCUGUUAUGGCGGCCAGUCUCUCACUGGAGCUUGGCAAUGCUCUGAAGGAGAUGAAUAGACCGGGGGAGGCGAUAGUUCAUUUCCAGAGAGCCGCAGAACUGCAGAUUCAGACUCCAAUCGAAGCCCUGCUAUCACUGUGGGAAAUGGCCUCCUGCAAAAUACUGACCCGUGAUUAUGACGGUGCUCUUGCUGUACUCUCGGAGAUGCAGCACAUGUGUCAGGAGAGAGGACUACAGCUCCCCGGCACCAACACCCCUGUAGGUGCAUUUAUGGAUAUCAUAGCCAAGUGUGAAAUCUCCAGGGUACUGCUGUUAAUGCUGCUUGAGCCUCCCCCUCAAAAGCUGCUUCCCGAACACGCUCAGACGCUAGAGCGAUACGCCUGGGAAUCCUUUGACUCGCAUAGUCAUGUGAACUUCCUUCCAGAAAACGUGUUUCUUCUCCUACAGUCAGUUGUGAUGGCAUGUCAGGAAAAGGAUACAGAAUCUCUCAAAGCUCUUCAGACAGAACUAUGGCCUCUCCUUUCGGCAGAACAGAAUCAUCUCCUCCACUUAGUGGUCCAGGAGCGAAUUACACCCUCCGGUCAGGGCAUAUGAUUCGGCACCAUACACCCCCACAAAACACUUAUUGGAACAUUCCUAUGCCAGUGCCUGGUGCAUUUUGCAUGAGGACUGUAGAAGGUCACUGGACCUAGUAGAACUGUACAAUCAUCACAUGUGAGAAAUUUAUCUCUUAUUCAAACAUGCUUCUUAUCCUCCAUUUUCAGAUAAUGUUAUGAUAUUGUGUUUAAAAAGAAAUGCUUAAAGUUUAAUAAAAUAUUGAUGUUGUAAAUAACAAAAAUGAUAAGAAAGAUUCUUAUGGCAAGGUUUUUAUUUGUGUGAUUUACUAAAAUGAAUGUCCUCCCUGGUUCAUGGCUUUGCAAUGAAAAAGUCCAAUCCGCUAAAUAAAAAUACAUCUAGAACUGAGACUGAAACCAAGCAAAGCAGAAACUGGAUAACUCAGACAAGGAACUUCUUCCUUGAGAGGAUAUUGAAUAAUUGCGCCCAUAAAAAUAGUGCAUUUCGAAAUAAAAAAGAAAAGAAAAGCGAUCUUAAAAUUCUUUUGGAAUAUUCUGUGCUCUAGAAUUAGAAUCGUACAGGGUGAUCAUCUGACCACAUGAACAAUCAUUCAUCAUGCUAAUCAAAAUAGUUGGCAUAGCAACAGGACCCAUGAUGUCAUUAUCAAGAAAACCACACAGAAAUAGUUCAGGAAAUAGGAUGGCAGAGUGUUUUUACAAAAAGUCUACAUGACCAAGUGAUUGAUCACAAACUGAGCAGCACCAUAAUGUAUAAACUAUCAAAGUAACAAAGACUAUCCUGUGCUAUUGCCAUCAACAACAUAAAUUGAAAGAAAAUAUUAAAUAAACAUGUUUUAGACAAAGCUAGUUCUUAAAGUGCGAAUGAUGUUUAAAACUACUUUUAUAACGUUUUUCUGUAUGUACUUUAUAUGUACAACUUAGUUUUUUUCUUUAUACAUAUAAAUACAUUUGUACAAUU